UGCUUUUACUACGCGUUACAAAGCUUGAAGGUGCUGCGAAGUCGUACCAACUUGGCUUCUCUAGCCAUAACCAGACCUUUCUCUCCUGCGCAGCCAGGCUUUUAAAGUAUCCCCAUUUUUCUUGUAUCACGUGCUGCGAGCCAACAAACUCUAUCUUCUCCAACCACCAAAGGCUAUUACUUUCCAUUCAUGUACUCUAUAAUUCAAAACAGAUACUUGAUUAUAGACUGCCCCACCGAAGCUACCUUACCCAAAUACCUCGAAAUCUUCAAACAACAAAAUGUCACUCAUGUCGUUCGCAUCUGUGAUGCUGACAAUACCUACGACGCCGAAAAACUGGAAUCCGAGGGCAUCACCGUCCACGACGAGAUCAAAUUUCAAGACGGCGGAGUGCCAGACCAACCUGCAGUGGAUAAGUGGCUUCAGCUGACAAAUGAGAGUAGAGACGUUAUCGGUGUGCAUUGCGUAUCUGGUAUUGGACGAGCUCCAGUUCUGGUCACUAUCUCCUUGAUUGAGAACGGAAUGGAUCCAUUGGAUGCUAUCGCUCAUGUCAGGAAGUAUAGAAGGGGUGCAUUGAAUAAGCGGCAAAUACACUACAUCGAUCAUUACAAGCGUCGAAGUAAGAGGUCCGGAUUUUUACGCUCCCUCUUCAGAUGAUACCCUGUGUGAAAGUUUGACAUAUUCCAAAGAAAAACAUUGUCGCACCUGCUGCGCGGUGGAAAUUGUAUACCAACUCCCGAUAUGAAAUAUCGUGGACACAUUAAACUAAUUCAUCAUUGUAAUUAGUCAACUGUAUAACUUCGGCAACGUCUCCAAACUAGACUGUCAGUCAUUAUGACAAAAUGUACUUUUGAAUAAUAUUUGCUGUCAUCGUUGCCUUGUGGUAUAUAAUGGCGCCAUUGAAGCACACAA